ACCGUCACUACCUGUCUUAGAACCAAAAACUUAAAAGUUAUCAACAUGUUGAUGGAUAUAGGAAUUUUAUUAGUAACCCUGUUGGGAGUUGUCAAUGGUGCUGGAGAUAGUUCGUUAUAUCGAGGGUGUGAUUAUAACAGGUGUAAAUAUUACGCACAGCUGGCACAACAGCCUAGUUCAUUAUUACAACAAGCUGGAUAUCGCUUAUAUCAACAAUGUUACUGUUCAUCUUAUGGUGUGUUUCUGUAUAACAAUCCUCAAACUCAAGCAACCAAGGCACCUAUUUAUAAACCAACAAUCCCAGUGUCAACCUCACAAUGUGGAAUAAGCUCAGUCACUGGAUCAGCCACCACUUAUUUGAACAACCAAAGAGGGAGAGUAGUCGGAGGCGUCAACACCAAGCAAUGCGAAUUUCCCUGGACUGUUCUGGUAAAUGCUGGUGGAGCACAGUGUGGUGGAACUAUUGUAGAUAGCAUGCAUAUUGUAACAGCUGCUCAUUGUAUGAGGAGUGGAAAUUACGUCAAACAAGCGUCAAGUGUCCGAGUUGGUGCUGGUUCUUCAAAUAAAAACAGUUUAACAUAUUACACCGUUCGAACAGUCACUGUUCACCCAAACUACAAUCCAUCAUCAUUUAACUACGAUGUUGCUGUUUUAACUCUUCAAUACCCUCUACCAACCAAUAACCAAUGUAUAAAACCAAUAUGUCUGCCUUCAGCCCAAUUAAACAUAAAAACUGGAACGAAAUGUACUGUGGCUGGAUGGGGACUUACCAAAGAAUAUUCUGGAUAUGCACCUGUAAAUCUACAAAAAGCAACUAUGCCAAUACUAAGUAUGGAUACCUGUAAACAAUCGUAUGGUUAUAAUACUAUCACUGAUGUUAAGAUAUGUGCUGGAUAUCUAAAUGGUGGAAUAGAUGCAUGCCAGGGUGAUUCUGGUGGACCACUCAUGUGUGCUGAAGGCAACAACUGGGUUUUAACUGGAAUAGUUUCUUUUGGAAACGGUUGUGCCAGAGCAAACUACCCAGGCGUCUACUCAUACGUACCAAACUUAAAAACCUGGAUCGAAUCAAUUACAAAAGCAUAUGGAAAAUAAAGUUAAAGAUUAAUUUGGGGGAGCACGCUGUAUGCUUAAAAGAGCUACAUUGAAACAUUGUUCUGUUUUCGUUAAAGUUGUAAGAUCGCUUCAAGAAGCGACGAAUGAAGUAUUAGUUUUGGAAAGCGUUGUAAUUGAACAAAAUUCCAAUAUAUCUCUUUUUCAAGAUAGUCUUUCAAAAUAUAAUUAACCCUUGUCGGUGCACGUGGGGUCUCCGUGGACCCCAUGCACAUGUUGUAUAGUGUUUUGUAAUAACUUCUGGACAUUGCUUUCUGAAAUUUAUUAAAUCUUUUCCAUAUGUCACUAAAAUGUUUUUGGAUAAUAAUUUAGCAGUUUUCCAGACAUCAAAUAUGAAUGCAAAUAAAAACCGAACCGCUGCCUUUUAAUUUAAAUAUACUUGACGUAAAACUUUGAAUUAUAACUGGGGUCCAUAUGAACCCCAUGAUACUUGCUAUGUGAUUCUCACAACGUGCACCCACAAGGGUUAAACACAAA